AGUGCAUGUCAUGCACCAUAUUUUUCCUCAUUCUCCCUCACUUGAAGCAUACUCAUUGAAAUUGUGCAAGAAAAAAUAGAAUUUUCAAAGCUCUGUUAUUGAGUCACUUCACCUACCACUUUAUUUUCUUUUUCCUUCAAUCCAUUUGGUCUGACAUUUCUGCUAGGUAAUGGCAAUCAAACGAGACGAUGAUGUUGUUGGCGAUCAAAGCAAAACCCAAGUCUCAGAUGUAAAAAUUCAGCUACCUGGUAUGGUUUUACAAGCUCUUUCUUCUUUGAAGAAUACAGCAAUGGCAACUAAGACAUUACAUAACUCCGUGUUAAACGAGACCACUUGUGGGUCGCUGUUGCAUGAUCUACAGUUGAUAUGGGAUGAAGUGGGAGAAAAUGAUACUGAAAGGGACAAGAUGCUGCUGCAAUUGGAGCAAGAAUGCUUGGAAGUCUACAGGAGGAAAGUGGACAAGGCUAAUUUGUCCAGGGCUCAGUUACAUCAGCAGCUUGCUGAUUCAGAGGCUGAGCUAGCUCAUCUUCUUUCGGUUUUAGGUGAAAGAUCCUUUGUCGGGCGGCCAGAAAAGCAAUCAGGAACGCUGAAGGAACAAAUAGCUGCAAUUGCACCAGCUUUGGAGGAUCUAAGGCAGAAAAAAGAAGAAAGGAUUAAAAAGUUUAUGGAUGUUCAAGUGCAGAUACGUCAAAUUUGUGAUCAGAUUGCCGGAAACUCAAAGCCUCAUGACAUCUAUGAAAGUCUAAGGUUGGAUGAUCACGACCUCUCUUUGAAGAAGCUUGAUGAAUUUCAUUUACAGCUUCAAGAGCUUCACAGGGAAAAGAAUGACAGGCUCCAGAAAGUCCUUGAUUAUGUUAACAUUGUGCAUGAUCUUUCGGCUGUUGUGGGAAUAGAAUUCUCUAAGAUUAUUUCUGAAGUUCAUCCGAGCCUGGAUGAUUCUACAGGCAUUGAGUCAAUGAGCAUAAGUGAUGGCACCCUUGGGAAACUGGCCAACACCGUGGAAUCUCUGAAAAAUGAGAAACAGAGGCGCUUGCAAAAGAUCCAGGAACUGGGUGCAGAACUAAUGGAAUUGUGGAAUCUGAUGGAUAUUCCUAAAGAGGAACAGAAACAUUUUAAUCACGUGACUUGCUAUAUUUCAGCUUCAGUGGAAGAAGUGUCAGUGCCUAGAGCACUUGCUCUUGAUAUCAUUGAAGAGGCCGAGGUUGAAGUAAAAAGGUUGGAUCAGCUCAAAGCUAGCAAACUGAAGGAGCUUCUAGUUAAGAAGCAAACAGAACUUGAAGAUAUAUACAGGCGGGCUCACAUGGAAAUUGACAUCAAGUCUGCACAAGAGAAUAUAAUGGCCAUGAUUGAUUCUGGUACCAUUGAUCAUUUGGAUCUUCUGGCAAGCAUGGAUGAUCAGAUUGCAAAAGCCAAAGAAGAGGCACAAAGUCGGAAAGAAAUAAUGGAGAAGGUGGAGAAAUGGAUGGCGGCUUGUGAAGAAGAAAAUUGGUUGGAGGAUUAUAACAGGGAUGAAAACAGAUACAGCGUGAGCAGAGGUGCCCAUAUAAACCUUAAGCGGGCGGAACGUGCGCGGGUGAUGGUUAACAAAAUUCCUGCACUCGUGGAUUCAUUGAUGGCAAAAACCAGGGGUUGGGAGGAAGAAAGAGGAACGACUUUCUUAUAUGAUGAAGUGCCGCUUUUGGCUAUGUUAGAUGAAUACAACAUGUUAAGGCAGGAGAGAGAGGAGGAAAAAAGGAGGUUCAGGGAUAAGAAACGUCUUCAGGGGCAAUUGACAAUUGAACAAGAAACCUUUUUUGGUGCAAGGGCAAGUCCGCAUAAGCAGCUUUCAAGCAAAAAAGCUAUGGGCCUGCGUCUGAAUGGAAACUCUGUAAAUGGAAACUCUGUAAAUGGCCCUCCUUUCAAUAGGAGAUUAUCUCUUGGUGUCCAGCAUACCAGAAUGAAUGGGCUUACUCCUGCUCGACAAGGUCUUCCUGUCAAUGGCAAAAGAGAGCACACAAGACCAAUGGUUCCUCUGAAUUAUACUUACGUUUCACAUGAAGAUUCAGCUUCACAGUUUUCUGCUCAUGGCUCUACUCCAUCCUCCCCUUAGAACAAAAACAUGCGCUGAUUACGCUUUGAAGAUGAUCAAGGAAAGUUAUGUGCAAUGCAUAGUGGAUAAGAUGCUGUAAUAGGUUAACUGCGAGUAAUUAACCAUUAGCUUUUUCGGUAGUAUGUGAGAAUUUGAUGAGAAGUGCAGGUUGCUCUGCCUUCGCCAAAGUUAAGCUCAGACAGGUUUCGUCUGGCUUAAUUUAAGUAUUUUGUAAAGAGCACUAUCUUUUGUGGUGAUUUCAAAUACCUUAGAUCAAUGCCCUUGGUCACAGUUUCUUGUUCAAUCCUGAAAAAUAAUACAAACUUGUAUCUACACAGUAAAUAUAAAUAUAUAAGAGUUCAUUUUCAUCUGA